AUGAAAAAUUCUGAAUGUUCAAACAAUUCUAAUUAUGAAAAAGAUAAUAUUAGACAUGAAUUACAAUUAUUAAUUGAUAAAUUAGGAUUCAUAAUUUCUUUAGCCAUGAAUGACUAUAUUAAUAUUAAUAAUAAA